AGAGGCAGUUUGGUUAUCUUGAAGGCUUUGAAGUUCAAGUCAAGUUUUGCUGACAGUCGUUGUAGUUAAAUGAGAGAGAGAAAUGGAAGCAUAAUCUUAUCUUGCAGCAUUGACUUGACAACUAUGUUCUUCAUCUCAUCUCCGAUUGUCAAUGCGCAAAAGAAAUCGCGAGUGCUCCCUCCACGUGACGUAAAAUGGUUCCUCAUUGGCUCUGAGACUUUCUAGUGCUCUUUGUCGCUUAAGAAUUGGGGUUCUGCUUCAAUAUCAGGAAAAAAAAGGUUAGAAAUAUGUUUCCGGUGGUUGUGUUUCAUUUUAUUGCAAGGAACUGUGUUUGCUUAUGAUGUAGACAAUGGAAAGCCAAAUUGAUGUUUUGAUCUCAUCUGGUAGAGAAGGUAUUUUUUCUGGAUCAACUGUGUGACAUUUCACCACAUCUCCCACGAAGCUCUCCUGAACAGCACAUCUCCCAAGAUCUGCAGUAAGGUCCAGGCGAGUAUCCUACAAGUGGAAGGCAGGUCAGUACUCUGUACCAAUAAGUGAGAGUGGCUGGUUACUUGCUUAUAGUCAAUAAUUAGGAAUCAUUAGCCCAUAUAUUGACAGAGUUAAGUGCACACAAAUUUUGGCAAUAUGUAUAUCUGUAUGCACUUUAUAGCUUCAUUCUAGAACUGUUCUUGAUCUUGUAAUUUAAUCUGUUAAGU